UCCGAGAAAAUGCCUCGCUCCGGGUAAGUAAAUGAACAGGUGAUGUUAAAAACUAAAUAUUUUUUCGAUAAUUUGUAAAUUGCAUAAUUUUAAAAAAAAUAUCUUUUCCAUUAUAGCCGCCAGCAUUCGGAUGUCGAUUACUAUGAAAAGCCCAUUUUUGGCGGUGGCGACGACGACGAUGACUGCUCUGAUUUUGAGCUAUCUGAAGAAGAAGUGAUGCCAAAGAAGAAGAAGGCAAAGAUCGAGAGCGCGAAAGUUGCGAAGGCUGCGAAAGUUGCGAAAGCCCCAAAAGCUGCGAAAGCCCCGGCAAAGCCAAGGAAGUCGGCCAAGGAACUAGCCAGUGAGUCAGCAAAGGAGCCAAUCGAGGAGCUAGCAAAGGAGCCAACUAAGGAGUAUGCUCGCAAGGACAGACCUGUAGACCCGAAACAGCACGCAACAUCGAUUAUCAGCACUCACAAUACAUCUAUGUCUGAGAUUGAUUUCGAUACACUGCCCGGUAACUCCGAUUCUAACACGGACACUGCAUAUUCAGUUUGCUCGGGUAGCUAUGUUGACGCCGUUGACACGGCUAAAAGCGUCGGCUCUGCCGAUACCCUGUCGCCGAUUGACGACCCUAAAGAUGAGGGUGAGAGUGAAAGCAAAGGCGAUAAGGGUAUUUACAACUCACCGAGCCAAUAUAAGGCAGACGUUAGUAAGCAGAGGUUAGCCGCUGUGAGUCGAAAGCCCGCUGCGACUGUAGCACCAGCGCUCCUAUCAACUCCAAAGAAACUGCUCACCGCAGCGGUAACUCUGGUAUCAAUCAAAUCGUCAUUAACAGCAGACCAAACUUUGGCUUCACGGCACUUUCUGCAUCUGCCCACAUCAAAUGAGCGAGCUUGUGAUCGUGCCAAAACAAGGGCUCCGGCUCCGGCUCCGACUCCGACUGCUAGUGGCAGUGGAAGUGCUCGGCGGGAUAGACGUAAAGAUGUGUCUUUGCGGGUGCUUCUGGCUGGAGCAGCUACCCCUCGUGUUGGUAUGAGCCGGACCAAACCGCCAUUAAGAGAUCGGUGGUUUAAAACCAAUUAUUUUUACCCUGUAUUUAUAUAUUUCGCUUUGUGUUCAUUUAAUAUACCUCCAUUCAUUAGCCAAA